AGUCCUUGGCCCUGCUUAUGCCCAUCGCAACCCGGCACUUCAGGGGCACUCGGAACCCUCUGCUCUUCAAUCCUGCAGUUCAAUGGAUGAUGAAGAGCCGACGCGGAGCGUCCAUCGUCAUGCCCCUCUUCCAAGCGAUCAUGUCGUUGAGCAGGCACCCAACCAGGGGACGACCGCACGACGUCUUCUUCGCCUUCCACUCGUGCAUGGGAUACGAGGAACAUCGGGUUGAGCAGCAGUUAGCGACAAUUCGGCACCGCGCGAUGCCCACCCUCGUGAUAUUCAGCGGCAACGACAAACUCCUCUCAAAUGAAGACAACCGCACACUGCUGCGGAGGUUGGGCAGCGACCCCGAGCGGACCUGGUUAUACGACUCCGGCGGGCACCUCCUCCAGAGGGGUGGUUCCGACGUGGUGAAAGCAAUCGAGCUAAAGGAUGGAUCGCACUACGGAUUCGUACGCUACCCCGACAUCUGCAACGAGGGCCUCGUCGAACUCCUCGACCGGGUGCGACGGCCUGAAUCCAAAGCAGCGGUUGUUAUGGCUCACAAGCGCACUCUCUAAAUCUUUUUUUUUAUUUUAUUUUCCCAUCGGAUAGUAAUAAACGAUUAAACGCUGUCUA